CAAAUCCAAAACCAACAAACGAACCAAACAACCACCACCACAAUAAACGGGGUCAGAGAUCACCGGAGUCUGCCCGGUAUAUAAAAGGGGGUCUCAGAGAUCACCGUUGUCUGCCCGGUAUAAAUCAUCGAAGGUCCCAACGGUCCACCAUCCCAAGAUGAGCGGUAGAGUAUUGCAGAGGAUAGAAUGAAGUGGUUGGAUGCAAUGGAUGACAACAUACGAGUAUCAUAACGUUACUGAGACAGUUGUGCUUCACAUAAAAUCUUGUUGGUUUGAUAGAAGACCUGUUGGCUUGGGCAUCGUCCAACCAUGUCAUCAAGUGUGGUUUCAGCUGUGAUGGUUCCCGCGGACGAAUCAAGACCUUUGGAGGCUGUCCCCAUCUCUGCAGAUCCAACAGUGGAUGACCUGGAAAACUUUGUAAAGAACCUACAAGAAGAGGGGACGAUUGUCGAGGACGUCAGACAACGACUGUUUGUGAGGCCUGGAUCGGAUGGUGCUGGAUCUGCUGGAUUGUAUGCCUAUGAUGUUGUUAUCGUUGGCACUAAUGCUGAAGAAGCCACAAUCCACAAGAAUGUUCGUGCCAGUCGGUUGGCCAUGGCAUGCGGACUCUUUUCUCACAAGUUGCACGGCAAUAUACUAUUGGUACGAGCAUCGAUUGCUUCCAGAGUGGAUUUGCAGCUGGAUCACGUCUUGGGUGCCUGCUGCAUCAGCCCCGAUCUCAGAUCAACCGUACAGCAACAAUUGAAGAAACCUGUUCUCUCCUACUCCAAUGUGCCAACAUUGCUAGGAAAUGCACUUCAGCAGAACUAUCAUGACAAAGCUGUCCUCAGUAAGCUGGCGAACGUCAUGAUGUCCUUGGAUGGUGAUGAUGACGGAGAGGACGACAAUGAUGAAGACUCCAGCGACUCAGAUUGCUCACAGCAAAAUGCUUCCACGGCACAGAACACAAACAAUGGUAUCAAACAACAUUCUGCGACAGCCAGUCACGACAGCAGAGGCAGCAGAAUAGAAUGUGUCACCAAGGAACCCCUCUGCUUGCACUGUAGAAAACCAGCUGAUACCCUUUGUCCUGAUUGCAAGGCUUGCUAUUUUUGUGACACUCCCGAGAGACGGUGCCGAAGAAUAGGAUGGACACAUGCCUGCCUUUGUCCAACUUGGAAAUUCUAUACGAAUCGACGACGGGAACUUUCGACUUUUCCAUUUCUAAGCACCUGGACACAACAAUUGACAACUGCCGCCUUCCAAUCCUCCGAGAAACCUUACGAAGACUUUCUGAACCAACAUCUCCUCAACACUGGCGGCAGUGGCGACAACACAUCGUCGUGGUGGUCAACAGAAUUGUACGGAUGGGCAGGAGGGACCAGUAGGAGUGCCGAAACAGUCAACAUGUCCAUUCGAAGAACCUACAUGGAAGGCUUUGCUCCCCUCUUAGAGAUACCACCGCAGCGGCGAGUGGAAGAGGAAGACCUACAAAGAGCCAACGCAAGCAUGGCACAGAAAAUCACUCGCAAUGCGGUGGGCUUAUUGCAAUUAUCAUCCUGGGAACAGUAUUAUAUCUUGCGACACAUUCCAGCUUCCAGUCCAGUCGCUUUGCUGUGCACAUUUCCUCUAACUCUGUACUACGCAAUCACCCAAUGGGGGGAAGUGCCCUGUACAGUGGCCCGCAUGCUGCAGCGACCAUUGCGACUCCACAUUGUGGGUGUGGAGAAGGAGGCCAACUUUCUCGAUUUGUUUCAAGAAGUGGGGUAUCUUCUGCCAGAAGACUUGAAGGUGGAAAUGACAUUCAUUGUACGUGAAGAUAUGCUCCCUUCAGGCACUCAAGAAGCUAACAAGCAAGGACAUCAUCACAUCUUCACAAUCCACCUUUGCAGCAACGUAUCCAUGUCGGUUGUCAGUGGCACGUAUGGUGAUUCCUUGGACCCAAACUUUGACUGUGGUGGACCACCGGAUAUGAUCAUUGGUUUGAAUGCUGGUUUGUAUGCGUAUGAAUCUUGGAGAAGCGUUGUGACCUAUCUGUAUCACAACCCAGGUGUCAUUGGCGUCUUCUCUGACUACAACGAGUACAGUGGGUUGAAUUGUGCUGGCCUUGGAGGCCAAGCCAGCCGCGAGAGUCUCUGUGUCAACCCAUUUCGGCAGCCUCGAGCCAUGCCUGUGUAUAGUAUGAAUCUUCCUCAGUUCAGCAAUGGCUUUCUGUACGUAAUGAAUGCCCAGGAGCUGGAGUAGUGCUUCACUUUGGCUGCUUGAGAUGCUAGCAACGCUCGAAACUGAACAUCAGGUAGUGUGGGUUCCCGAAUGGAUGCUUCUGCUGUCCCCAAUAAGCGUACUCUGAGCCUGCUCCGUCCCGCUCUCGUUGUCCCGUCCGAUAAGGAAGCAAUCGUUGCCGGUUUAAAAGCCUUUUCUUCUCUGGCAGCCAUUAGACAUGGGGGUUGUAUCAGCCAAAUUUGGCUAACUAGCUAGCUAUGCAAGAGAUGCAUCAUGAUACUACUAGUACGGUUUUGUUAGCAAGC